GAGAUAGCGUCAUGGGAAAAUGAGUAUACGCAUCUUUUUCUAUCAACUUCCGGAUCAGCUUCCGGAUCUGGUAAUAAUGAGGAAGUUAUGAGGAAAUCGCAGGAUCAUAAAAAAUGCCUUACGAUACAACACA